AUGGCCGAGUUACCGUCACAUGAAAAAAAGGCAAACAUGCUCUGGGGUGGGCGCUUUACAGGCGGACUGGACCCGCUGAUGGUGGCAUACAACGAGAGCAUCUACUUUGACAAGAACCUGUACCGCCAGGACAUACUCGGAAGCAUCGCCUUCGCACGAGCCAACAGCAAAGCUGGUGUCAUCACCCAGGCAGAGUUUGAACAGAUCGAGAAGGGUCUACUCGAGGUUCAGAAGGAGUGGGAGGCCGGUACCUUCAAGAUUGUGCCGGGUGCGGAUGAGGACAUUCACACUGCCAACGAACGACGACUAGGCGAGAUCAUCGGCAAGGAUGUCGCCGGAAAGCUUCACACGGGCCGUUCGCGCAACGAACAGGUGGUGACCGACAUGCGCAUGUGGUUGCGCGAUGAACUGCGCAAGAUUGAGUCGUACCUCGUCAGCUUCCUGACCGUCACUGCCGCCCGCGCGGAGCGGGAGAUCGACCUGGUCAUGCCCGGAUACACACACCUUCAGCGCGCCCAGCCCAUCCGGUGGAGCCACUGGAUGUUGUCUUACGGACUUGUCUUCGCCUCUGACCUCGAGCGCCUGAGGGAGGUGAUCAAGCGGGUCAACCGCUCGCCUCUGGGCUGCGGCGCGCUUGCCGGCAACCCGUUCGGCAUCGACCGUGAGAUGAUGGCCAAGGAGUUGGGCUUCGAUGGCCUCAUGUGGAACUCAAUGGGCGCUGUUGCCGACCGUGACUUUGUCGCCGAGACCCUGCAGUGGGGUGCCAUGUUGAUGCAACACAUCAGCCGGUGGGCCGAGGACUUGAUCAUCUACUCGACGGCCGAGUUCGGCUUCGUGCGCCUGGCAGAUGCCUAUUCGACCGGUAGCAGCUUGAUGCCGCAGAAGAAGAACCCGGACAGCCUGGAGCUGCUGCGGGGGAAGAGCGGGCGUGCCUUUGGUCACAUGGCUGGCUUCAUGAUGGUGCAGAAGGGCCUGCCGAGUACCUACAACAAGGAUCUGCAGGAGAGCAUUGAACCAAUGCUGGACCACGUCCGCACCGUCUCGGACAGCAUACAGAUCGCCGAGGGCGUGCUUGCUACCCUGGAGGCGCGGGGUGACAAGAUGCAGGCUGCAUUGGACCCGUUCAUGCUGGCCACGGAUGUGGCUGACUACCUGGUGCGCAAGGGCGUGCCUUUCCGCGAGACGCACCACAUCUCUGGAAGGUGCGUGGCGCUGUCGGAGCAGACCGGAGUGCCGAUGGACAAGCUCACGUACGAGCAGCUGCGGGAGAUUGAUGAGCGAUUCGAGCCCGACAUUGCCGAGUCGUUCGACUACGACAAGAGCGUAGAGAUGAGGUCUGCCAAGGGCGGCACCUGCAAAGAGGCUGUGCUGGAACAGGUCAAGGUGUUGAGGAAGAUGCUGGAGUGA